AUGGGAAAAGGGAAAGAACACGUAUCUUCCAUAACACCUCCUGUCUCAAAUCCAUCAACCCAGGACAUGCCAAGACCACUUUAUUCAGAUUUUGCAAACUAUAUGCAUGGUUACUAUGGACCAGUGCCACAUGCGUGGUUACCACCUUUUGUUCCUCGUCCAGAUGUCAACCCAUAUCUAUGGAACAGCCAGCAAAAUCUACAGUACCCAUUACACGCUGGACCUACCCCUCCGAUGAUUCUCACUGCUAUAGAUUCGAGAAAAAUUCAAUCAUUGUCUAGAUCUUCUUUACCACCUUUUGUUCCUCGUCCGGAUGCCUACUCAUAUCCAUGGAGGAGCCAGCCGAAUAUUGCAUACCCAUUUCAAUCUGCAAUUAGCCCUUCGACUGGGCUCAACGCUACAAGCUCAAGAUGCGUGGAAGAAAUUAAAGAGGCCACACCAGAUUCUAGGGAAGCUGAAGCGCUGUCUAGUUCCUCUUUGGGUAAUACUGUUGAAACCAAGAAUGACAAUGGCAAAUUCGGGACACAUCUCAUAGUGCAUAAUGAUGAGAGUGAUAGCAUUGACGAGCCUAAGUCAGGGAUGUUGUUUACUUCUGAGGAAGAAUUAAUCGCUUAUUAUAAGCGAUACUCUAAACAAUGCGGUUUUGGGGUAAUGACACAAAGGAGUGUCAGAGAAAAGAAUGGGAGUGUCAGAUAUGUCACGCUUGGUUGUGCUCGUGGUGGCAAAGCACGAAAUCGGACAUCAAAUGUCACCAAGCCACGUCCGACAAGAAAGACGGACUGUAAGGCAAAGAUAAAUGUUAUAAAAAUUGAUGGGAUGUUGCAGGUGACAAUGGUUCACAAUACACACAAUCACAGCCUAAGUCCACAAAAAUCAAGGUUCUUUCGAUGCAAUAGAGAAGUGAGCGAGUCACGACACCUACGACUCGAGAAAGGCGAUGCUAGAGCUCUUUGUGAGUAUUUUGCUAUGAUGCAAUACAAUAGUGAUGGCUUUUUUACUCUAAUGGAUUUUGAUGAUGAUUCCAGGUUAAGGAAUGUUUUCUGGGCGGAUGCACGAAGUAGGGCAGCCUACAAACAUUUUGGUGAUGUCAUAACAUUCGACACCAAAUAUUUGAAAAAUAGAUAUGGGAUGUCUUUUGCACCGUUCGUGGGUGUAAACCACCAUGGCCAGUCAAUCCUUUUGGGAGUAGGUUUGAUUUCUAGUGAAGAUACAGAAACAUUUACAUGGUUAUUUGAGACUUGGUUGAAUUGUAUGGAUGAUAAAGCUCCAAAAGCUAUUAUAACAGAUCAAAAUAGAGCAAUAAAAAAUGCGAUUGCUAUUGUCUUUCCAGAUAGCCGACAUAGAUUUUGCUUGUGGCACAUAUUGAAAAAGGUAUCUGAGAAGCUUGGUUCCCAUGGUGCAUACAAUACCGGGUUGAAAAGUCAGUUGCUAAAGUGUGUAUAUGACUCUCAAACUAUUGAAGAGUUUGAGAGUUGUUGGGACGUGUUAAUUACCACGUACAACUUGCAUGAGAAUGCCUGGUUGCAGAGUUUAUACAUUGAACGUGGGUAUUGGGCAUCAGUAUACCUGAAAGAUUUCUUUUGGGCUGGAAUGAGUACUACCCAACAAAGUGAGAGCGUGAAUUCUUUCUUUGACGGGUUUGUUCAUGCUAAGACAAACUUAAAAGAGUUUGUCGAUCAGUUCAACAAUGCUUUGAGGAAGAGGAUUGAGAAUGAGAAUGAGGCGGACUUUCACUCAUUAAACGUCACAAUUCCCUGCAUUUCUGUUAUGCCAUUUGAAAAGAGAUUUCAAGAGUUGUACACGAACUCUAAAUUUAGAGAAGUUCAACAAGAAAUAAUAGGGAUAAUCAAUUGUUUUCCAGUUCUACAACAAAAGGAUGGUGUAAUUGCAACGUAUUUGGUAGAAGAUGAAGUGCGUGUUGAUUAUUUUAUCAAGGAGGUUACGUACUUUAAUGAGGCUGAGUGCGAAGCAAAAUGUUCGUGCGGAUUGUUUGAGAUGAGAGGGAUACUGUGUAGACACAUUCUAGCCAUUUUCAAAGUUGGCCGAGUACGUUCAUUGCCAGAGAAGUACAUAUUGGAUCGAUGGAGGAAGGAUAUAAAAAGGAGAUACAGUCUUAUCCGAAGUGGUUAUGACGUAGCUGAUCAGAGGCCAGAAGCUUGCAGAUAUUCACGUCUAUUGAAUAUAUGUUACGACGUGAUAACAAAUGCAGCGUCAUGCGAUGAGUAUACUGAGGAUAUGGUUGAGAAGUUAUAUGCAAUGGACGAUGACUAUCGCACUAACAAGCUGCCUCACCGAAUGGGUUCCAAUGUUGGAGUGACAACAGUCGAUACAACUACAACUGGAAGUUCAAAGAAAAUGCAACUUGAGGCAACACGUAUUGCAUACAAUGGUAUAUUAGAGCGGUUGGGGAAGCACAACCUCGUGGUGGUAAAAUGGGUAUCUAUUCGAGCUACAAGUGUGUUGGGAGAAGCUGUUGCAAAUACCGAGAACUUUAUUUUGUUGAAAAGUUAA